AUGGCCAGAACUCAACCACACCCCCACAAUGUUGAGCACCCACUUGAACUUGUGUCCAUGGACAUUAUGGGACCACUGCACAAGAACCCCCAGUUUUCCUAUGUCCUCACCAUUCAUGACAUAUUCUCCAGGAUGAUGUGGGAUCAGGGACUACACCACAAGGCUCAGGCAGCCACAGAGGCAUUGUACUGGGUCUCUAAGACUCAUCAACUCCCUCAAUGCCAAUCCACCAACAUGGCAAGAAAAUGUGACAUCAAAGAGAUCCAGGUUGACCAAGGUGAACUCUGGACAACAUCCUUCCGAAACCUCUGCUCGUCCUCCGGCAUCAAGAUAAUGUAA